UUGAAGCAUUCCUUCCCUAAACACAUCACAUAACAAAUGAAAAUAACAUUUAUUUGCUUUCUAUCUUGCUUACUCUUAAAAGAUUUUCAUAAAGUGGUCGCAGUUUAUGUUACUAUGUGUAAGAUUUAAUAAUCAAUAAGUCAUUGACAACAAUGACGUAUGAGUACUCCGAUAGUAUGAAUAUUUUAUGAUCAAAUAAUUAGUGAACUACUGAUAGAAAUCAAUUAAACUUCACUUCAGACGGUAACGCUUGGAGCGUUAUAUCUGUUACUUGAGUUUGAGUUUAUAAAGAUAAGAUGAAUCAAUUAUUUUUGAGCGCCGAACAUGUCCUGCAAGGAGGGUACUUUCACUCGACUUUGAGGAAAUUACAAGAACCUAACACCACUAUCGAGGCUCAUAAUAUUAUGUACCCCGUGUUCCUACUGGAAGAUGACAAUCUCAUUCAGCCAGUGGCAAGUAUGCCUAAUGUGUGCAGAUAUGGACUUCACCCUCUGAUUUCCCACCUGGAAGAACUAGUAGAAAAAGGUCUCAAUUCCAUACUCAUCUUUGGAAUUGUUACAGCUUUACCAAAGGAUGCCACAGGAUCUAGUGCAGACUGUCCAGAAAAUCCAGUAUUGAAGGCCCUGCCUAAACUGAGAGCCAAAUUCCCAAAUUUACUUAUAGCAUGUGAUGUUUGUCUAUGUCCAUACACUUCUCAUGGACAUUGUGGACUCCUUACUCCCAACGGAGCCAUAGACCAUGCUGCAUCAGUUAGAAGAAUUGCUGAAGUUGCCCUAGCUUAUGCUAAAGCUGGUGCCCAAAUUAUUGCACCCUCUGACAUGAUGGACAACAGAAUUAAGGCUAUAAAGGAUGCCCUGGUGUCCUGCAAGCUGCAGAAUACUGUGUCAGUCCUGUCAUAUUCGUGCAAGUUCGCGUCAGCUAUGUAUGGCCCGUUUCGAGACACUAUGAAGAGUUCUCCUAUGGAGGGUGACAGGAAAUGCUAUCAGCUGCCACCUGGCAGUGCAGGACUCGCUGCUAGGGCUGCUGCACGAGAUGUAGCUGAAGGUGCAGAUUUCCUGAUGGUCAAACCGGGUCUGCCGUAUCUGGACAUAGUCAGGCAGACCAAGGACAAAUACCCUUACCAUCCUUUGUUCAUAUACCAGGUGUCUGGUGAAUAUGCAAUGAUCUGUCGCAGUGGAGACAGCUCAGAGGUCCAGACUAUUCUUAUGGAGACAUUGACGAGCAUGCGCAGAGCUGGAGCUGAUUGCAUCAUAACAUACUUCGCCCCUUUAAUUUUGAACAUCAUAAAUAAAAAACAAUAAAUGGACUUCUUUGUUUAGUACAUUUUGUGAUCUGUGGGGUUGGGUCUAUGUUGUAUUUUUAAUACUUUUUUUACUUUUGCUCAAAGUGUCAUUACAUUUUUUUUUAAGUACAGACUGCCAACUGUUGUCGUAGUUUCUAAGUUGAAAAACAUGGGUUGUUGUUAUUUCUUUUUUUAUUAUAUUUGUUAUGGAUGUGACAUUAUAAACUGUACCUAAGCCUUAUGGUGAUGUGAUGUGAUAGAAAAUUAUGAAAUUUAUUAAAUAAAUUCUAUGUAUUUA